UGUGGCGGCGUGGAAUUAUUUACUGCUGCCCAGCACUCACUCCUGCUAUUACUGCCACUACUAUGGGCGAAACGCGUUUCACAAGCCAAAAUAUACUAUUUAGUAGCCCCAAGACAAGGCUGAACUCAUGUCUUUGCUGUCUCCCAUAGCCUCUGGUUUCAUAUUAUCGUCCCCAAUUCAAUGCUGACUGGGCCUUGAUGAGCCCUUCAAGCAUGACAAUUAUCUCGAAUGUCUCUCUUUGCUAUGUGUUGGCCGCUGGCUCCAGAUUUCACCAUGCCACUGCUGGAAUGGAAUUGCUCCUUCAACGGUCCAGAUGCCUGGCGGCCUCCCUGGUAACAACCCAUCGCAUUCUUGUAAACCGCAGGAGAGUGCCAGCACCACCAAAUGGAGGGCACUCUACACGACACGUUCUCACGCGUGUGUUACUGUUUAUGGUUGACGGUGAGCUGAGACUGACCUCCGAUCUCUGAACAAGACAAAACUCCUUCCUAUCCAAAGCACUUCAUCUCUUUCUCACUCGCGCCAUCACUCUUCUCUUUCGGGUUCCCUUUUUCAUUUUCUUUUUUGACCAGACCUGUGGUCUGCAAGGUCCUUCAAGUAACACUGCAUGCCCCGAACUGCAAUUGACUUGCGGUUUUCACCUCAUCGUUUGCACCUCUUCACGCGCCCACCGAUUUCUGCAGAAAACCACUUUCUCCUUCACCUGCCUCUUUCACCCACAAAAGCCCUGUCAAAAUGCUCUACAACAAGAUCUUUCUGCUGCUGGCCAGCGUUCAUUGUCAACUCACCUUCGCGGCCUAUCAGCUGGUGCAAGAUUACUCCGGGGACGCCUUCUACAAAGGCUUUGACUUCUUCACAGACGCCGAUCCAACUGAUGGCCUGGUACAAUUCAAAUCUCUGGAAGAAGCCAACUCCACUGGCCUGGCAGGCUUCAUCGAUGCUGGAAAUUCAUCGUUUGCGAUAUUCAUGGGAGUCGACACAAAAGAGGUGGCUCCUCAGGGACGCGCCAGCGUUAGAGUUGCCUCUACCCAAACCUUUCAGCAUGCACUCGUGAUCGCCGACAUUUCCCACAUGCCAGGAGGCGUUUGCGGCAGUUGGCCAGCCUUCUGGAUGGUCGGGGCUGACUGGCCAAGUAACGGAGAGAUCGAUAUCGUCGAAGGUGUGAACGCACAGGCUGCGAACAGCAUGACUCUACACACUGGACAAGGGGCGGUGGUCAGCGACGGGAAAGAUUUCACUGGCGAACUGGUCACUCCAAACUGUGAUAUCAAUGCUCCAAACCAACCGAUGAAUGCAGGAUGUUCCAUCGGAGACACAUCGAACCUAACAUUUGGAAGCGAGUUUAACAACGCGGGGGGCGGUGUUUUCGCCACGGAGUGGACAUCGGACUUCAUCAAGAUUUGGUUUUUCCCGCGAGGAUCCUUGCCCGAAAAUGUUGCCAGCGGUUCUCCUGCUCCCAGUGACAGCUGGGGUACGCCAAACUCUCUUUUCCAAGGCAAGUUCAAUAUCGACGACCAUUUUCGGGACUUGCAAAUCGUCUUUGACACCACUUUCUGUGGGCAGUGGGCCGGCACCGUCUGGAAUAGCUCAAGCUGCGCAACGCUUGCUCCGACUUGCGAGGAUUAUGUGGCCAACAACCCCCAGGACUUUACAGAGGCUUACUGGGCAAUCAACAGCUUGCAAGUGUUCCAAGAUGAUACCCUGGAAGAAUCCAUCAUCGCACCCUUGAAGCCCGGAACACCUGGCACCGGACGACCGACGGCACCUAGUGGUCCUCAGCAGAAACUUCGGUCCAGAUCUGGUGCGGCCAUCCUGCCGAUAUAUGUCUAGGGGGCAUGACUUCUACCUUAUGGUUGAUUCAAUUAGCGUGGCGUCGGGUGUCAAAGGCUCAUUAUUUGGGGUCUCAGAAGAAUACAGUACAUGGCUGGAGUGGGAAUAAGCAAAGUACAGCAAACUGCCGAUCAUACUAGUAGCUGGGGGAUGUUCGUGGCGAGGAUCAUAACAGGCCCUCACUGCAGCAGGGCGAAGCCCGUCCCAGUGCCACUGCAGCUAGUGUUUGAGGAUAUAGUACACAAACAGGAAAAUGCCAUGAUCUUCUUGCUUAUGCGAAUGGGAUUCUCUG